AUGCCUCAUGGCGCGCUUGGUACCUGGUUGGUGGCUGCUACCAGCCUCCACAGCCCCUGCGUCAAGGCUCAAGUGUCCAGCAGCAAUAGCUCACGCAUUCCACUACAGACGGGCACCUGGAAGGCGUCCUACAACCAAUACAAGGCCUACGCGUUCGGCUACGUCAAUGGGCCCGGGUACGCUGUCACGUCCACCAGCGAGUCGGCCGGUGUGCUCACCAUUAACCUGCAGGUGAACUCGGCCGCCACGGCCACCUCGUACGGCUCGGACCUGUCGGCGCUCGUGGUCACGGUCGCCAAGACGGAGAGCGACAGCGUGCGCGUCAAGAUCGUGGACAAGAACAACAAGCGCUGGGAGGUGCCCAAGAGCAUCUUCACGGCCGGCACGCUGGGGGCCGACAGCACCGCCACGGCCGCCGCAGCGGACCCGCUGUACACCUUCAACUACACGCAGAACCCCUUCACGUUCCAGGUGACGCGCAAGUCGGACGGCUACACGUUGUUCGACUCGUCGGGCAUCUCGCUCGUGGUCAAGGACCAGUACCUGCAGGCGUCCACGGUGCUGGGCAGCGACCUGAGCGUCUACGGCAUCGGCGAGAGCACGCGCGAGAACUUCAAGAUGGCGUCGGGCGACAAGCAAACGCUCUGGGCCCGCGACCAAGGAUCCGCGUCCGCCAACGCCCACGGCGUGCUCCUGCUCAACAGCAACGGCAUGGACGUGACCAUGGACAGCGGCCACCUCGUGUACCAGACGAUCGGCGGCGUGCUCGACUUCAACAUCGUGGUGGGCCCCACGCCGGCCAACGUCGUCUCGCAGUACACGAAGCUCAUCGGCCGGCCGAAGCUCAUGCCGUACUGGUCGUACGGCUUCCACCAGUGCCGAUGGGGCUACGGCUCUGUCGACGCGCUGCGCACGGUCGUGAGCAAGUACGCGAGCAACAAGCUGCCGCUGGACGUCAUCUGGUCCGACAUCGACUACAUGAGGAGCUACCACGACUUCACGCUGGACCCGACCAACUUCCCGCAGGCCAAGAUGGCCGCCUUCAUGGACGAGAUCCACGCCGCCGGCCAGAAGUUCGUGCCGAUCAUCGACCCCGGCAUCCCGGACGACACCAACGACUACGCGUACACGAAGGGCCUGUCGAUGGAUAUCUUCAUCAAGGACACGAGCGGUAAGCCGUACCUGGGCCAGGUGUGGCCUGGGCCGACGGUGUUCCCCGACUUCUUCCACCCGAACGCCAAGUCUUACUGGGGUGAGCAGAUCCAGCUCAUGUACAAAAACUUCGCCUUCGAUGGCCUCUGGAUCGACAUGAAUGAGCUCGCGAACUUCUGCCCUGGAACGACUUGCGUGCGUCAGUCGGGCGUAACUUGCCCGAACACUGGAAGCAUCAAUGCCAUCACGACGUGUUGCUUGAGCUGCUCGGGUGACGGCAACAAGUACGACAACCCGCCGUUCAAGAUCAACAACGUCAACAGCCACGACGCCAUCUACAACAAGGGGAUCUCCACCAGUGCGUUACAGUACGGCAACAUCCGCCAGUACGACGCGCACAACCUGUACGGCAUCACCGAGUCCAUCGUGACCAAUGCCGUUCAGGAGGAGCUGGCCAACAAGAGGUCCUUCGUGCUCUCUCGAUCAACUUUUCCUGGUAGUGGCGUCCACGCGGCUCACUGGACGGGGGACAACGCCGCUACUUGGAACGAUCUGCGCUGGUCAAUCCCUGCCCUUCUGAAGUUCGGGCUCUUCGGCAUCCCCAUGGUCGGCGCUGACAUCUGCGGGUUCUUGGGCAAUUCUGACAUGGAGUUGUGUGCGCGGUGGACGGCUCUGGGAUCGUUCUACCCGUUCGCCCGUAACCACAACAAUCUGGACUCAUCUGCGCAGGAGACAUACGUGUGGCCUGAAGUCACGACUGUCGGGCGGAAGUUCAUCGGCUUGCGCUACCAGCUUCUACCGUAUUUCUACACGCUUGGCUAUCAUGCUCAUACGGAGGGCCUGCCAAUGGCGCGUCCACUUCUGAUGGAGUUCCCGACCGACACCGUCACGCACAAUAUCAACCACCAAUUCAUGCUAGGCAGCGCUCUACUCGUGACUCCAGUUAUAUACAAGGGAGCAACAAGCGUGACAGGGUAUUUUCCUCGUGGGAUCUGGUACAACAUCUUCGACUACUCGCAGGUUCGCACGUCUGGCGUCUAUUUGACGAUCAACGUUACCAUUUUCGACAUGCCGGUGCACAUUAGAGGCGGAUUAAUCGUGGCGAUGCACCAGCCAGCUCUCACUACCGCGUCUGCUCGGCUUACACCCUUCGAUAUCCUCGUCGCGCUACCAAUGAACGGAAUUGCGAGCGGAGACUUGUACUUGGACGAUGGCGAGACUAUCAGCAACCCGAGCGCCACAAUUGCCAAGUUCACUGCGUCAGCCGGUACCUUCACGUCGAAAGUACUGCAAAAUGACUACACAAGUGCUGGUGUGAGUCUGGUGAGCAAGGUGAUUGUUCUGGGAGUGCUAUCAUCGCCCUCCAGAGUAUCAAUUGGCGCGAUUUCCAAGUACGAUUCUGCAACGCGGCGCCUAGAAAUUAGUCUGGAGGAUGUCAACCAGACCAUCGCCUCGGACUUCACGAUCAUGUGGGGCUAA